CUUUUCAGUUUCACUACAUUUUUGUUUUUAUAAACAAUUGUUUUUGUCAACUUCAAAAUUUAUUUCAAUAAUGUCGUUAAGACGCUCUAAAUCCCCACACUUGAAUAAUUCUAUUAAAAGUGGAGAAAAAGAAGAAAGCUUUUGGGACAAGUUCAGUACAAUAGGUCGAAAAAAAGGAACGAAAGAGGUGCAAAAAGUGGAAGAGGAAGGGAAGCAUGCUAUUGAAUCUCCCGGAUUACCUAAUCAGUUCGAUAUUCCUCCCGAAGAUUAUACACUACGCGAUUUGGAGCAACGUGCCGUGAUAGAUCCACAAUCACUAAACGAUCCUGAAGUUAUUAAACUUCAACGUAUUCUAAUCGACUGGUUGAAUGAUGAAUUAGCCGAACAGCGUAUAAUAGUACAAAGCAUUGAAGAGGAUUUGUAUGAUGGACAGGUUUUGCAUAAAUUAUGGGAAAAACUAACAGGCAAAAAGCUUGAUGUACUUGAAGUAACCCAGUCUGAGGAGGGUCAAAGGCAAAAACUAGAUGUUGUCUUGAAUGCUGUAAAUCAUACAUUAGGAUUUCAUCAGAAAAUACCAAAAUGGUCGGUUGAAAGUGUGCAUUCAAAAAAUUUAGUUGCUAUUCUACAUUUAUUGGUUGCCCUCGCUCGUUAUUUCCGUGCUCCAAUUCGUCUACCCGAAAAUGUUUUUGUUAAUGUUGUUAUUGCUCAGAAAAGCGGGGGACUCCUUAAUGCCCAGAAAUUUCAAGAACAAAUAACUUCUGAAUACGAUGACGUGGGAAUGCGCUGUGACAAGGAUGCUUUCGACACACUCUUUGAUUGUGCUCCAGAAAAAUUAUCUGUGGUCAAGAAGUCCCUCAUAACUUUUGUAAAUAAGCAUUUAACCAAGUUAAAUUUUGAAAUUACUGAUCUGAAUUCAGAUUUUCGAGAUGGUGUUUAUUUAUGCUUAUUGAUGGGGCUGCUCGGAGGCUUUUUUGUGCCUCUUUACGAAUUUCAUCUUACGCCCCAGGAUAUAGAUCAAAUGGUUUCAAAUGUGGCAUUCUCAUUUGACUUAAUGCAAGAUGCCGGCUUGCCCAAACCAAAAGCUCGACCAGAAGAUAUAGUCAACAUGGAUCUGAAGUCUACCUUGCGCGUUUUGUACAACUUGUUUACAACUUAUAGAAGUGUAGCUUAGGAAUUUGAAGAUAAAUCUUGUAUGAGCUCUCAUCCGUGCCUUAAUAUACCGUUAAAAAUAACAUAUAACGUUUACACAUUUACAUAUGUAUAAAUAUACCUGUACCAACUUACAUAAAAAAAAACAAUAAAACUUUAACAGAAAUCAA